CCAUCGCGCGCGCGCGAGCUCCCCCGCCUACCUCCGGUCCCUGCUGCCUGUUGCUGUAUUUAUUUCCGCCUCCGUGUCUUCUCAGUCGCAACAGCACCGCUGCCGUGUAAGCUAGCUAGCUAAAGUCCGUGCGCUGGUACGCAAUUUGGCAGAGGAAAUGAUCACGGUGGCUGCACCGGAGGCGCAGCCGCAGGUGGCGGCGCCCGCGGCGCCGGAGGAGACUGUGUUCCGGUCGAAGCUGCCGGACAUCGACAUCGCCAGCCACCUGCCCCUCCACGAGUACUGCUUCGCGAGGGCGGCGGAGGUCGCGGACGCGCCGUGCCUCAUCGCGGCGGCCACGGGGAGGACCUACACGUACGCCGAGACCCGGCUCCUGUGCCGCAAGGCCGCGGCGUCGCUGCACGGGCUCGGCGUCGGCCACGGCGACCGCGUCAUGAUCCUGCUCCAGAACUCCGUCGAGUUCGUGCUCACCUUCCUCGGCGCGUCGUUCCUCGGCGCCGUCACCACCGCCGCCAACCCGUUCUGCACGCCGCUGGAGAUCCACAAGCAGUUCAGGGCCUCCGGCGCCAAGCUCAUCGUCACCCAGUCCGCCUACGUCGACAAGCUCCGGCACGAGGCCUUCCCGAGGAUCGGCGGCGAGGACAAGGACAAUGCCCUCACCGUCCUCACCAUCGACGACGUGGCCGACACCCCGGAAGGCUGCCUGGCCUUCUGGGAGCUGGUCACGCCCGCCGACGACGCCGCGCUCCCGGAGGUGUCCAUCUCCCCCGACGACCCCGUGGCGCUGCCGUUCUCGUCGGGCACCACGGGGCUGCCCAAGGGCGUGGUGCUCACCCACGGCGGGCAGGUGUCCAACGUGGCGCAGCAGGUGGACGGCGCGAACCCGAACCUGUACAUGCGGGAGGGCGACGUCGCGCUCUGCGUGCUGCCGCUGUUCCACAUCUUCUCGCUCAACUCCGUGCUGCUGUGCGCGCUGCGUGCCGGCGCGGCGGUGAUGCUGAUGCCCAAGUUCGAGAUGGGCGCGAUGCUGGAGGGCAUCCAGCGGUGGCGCGUCACGGUGGCCGCCGUCGUGCCGCCGCUGGUGCUCGCCUUGGCCAAGAACCCCGCGCUGGAGAAGUACGACCUCAGUUCCAUCCGGAUCGUGCUCUCCGGCGCCGCGCCGCUUGGCAAGGAGCUCGUCGACGCGCUCCGCGCCCGCGUGCCACAGGCCGUCUUCGGACAGGGGUACGGGAUGACGGAGGCCGGGCCCGUGCUGUCCAUGUGCCCGGCGUUCGCCAAGGAGCCGACGCCCGCCAAGCCGGGGUCGUGCGGCACGGUGGUGCGCAAUGCCGAGCUCAAGGUGGUGGACCCCGACACGGGCCUCUCCCUCGGCCGCAACCUCCCCGGCGAGAUCUGCAUCCGGGGCCCGCAGAUCAUGAAAGGGUACCUGAACGACCCGGAGGCCACCGCCAGGACGAUCGACGUCGACGGCUGGCUCCACACCGGCGACAUCGGCUACGUCGACGACGACGACGAGGUCUUCAUCGUCGACCGCGUCAAGGAGCUCAUCAAGUUCAAGGGCUUCCAGGUGCCGCCGGCCGAGCUCGAGGCUCUGCUCAUCGCCCACCCAUCCAUCGCCGACGCAGCCGUCGUCCCGCAAAAGGAUGACGCCGCCGGCGAGGUCCCUGUCGCCUUCGUGGUCCGCGCCGCCGACUCCGACAUCGCGGAGGAUGCCAUCAAGGAGUUCAUCUCCAAGCAGGUGGUGUUCUACAAGAGGCUACACAAGGUGUACUUCACCCCCUCCAUCCCCAAGUCGGCGUCCGGGAAGAUUCUGAGGAGAGAGCUACGCGCCAAGCUCGCGGCAGCCGCAUCCACUUGAGGAGCAUGAGACUCAGUCAGACCCCGUGCCUUGUUACGUGCAAUUCAUUUGGUAGUGUCAUUUAGUUCCAAUUCAGUGUGUGUGUGUACGACCGUGAAACAUGAGGCGCCGACAUUGUAAGAUGUAUCAACAUGCAUUGUAUGCGAACGCUUCCUCAGUUGAGGACCACCCAUUUAUUUAUGUGAUGAUUUUAUUUCAACAA